CUGGACCCCACUAAAAUUUUCUGCGACUGGAUCCCUCUGUGCAUCUUAUCGCACCUCGAAAACUCCCAUCCCCAUCCAAGAGGUCACCACUCCCGUCGCCAAACAGCAAAGAUGGGUCUGGCACAGCAGAAGACCCGCCGCAAGAUCGGCAAGGAUCCGAACAACACGAAAUGGACCAAGGACACCGACUCCUUCGGCCAGAAGAUCCUGCGAUCUCAGGGUUGGGAGCCUGGCCAGUACCUCGGCGCCAAAGACGCAGCACACGCCGUGCACCACACCGCCGCCAAUGCCUCCUUCAUUCGUGUCGCCCUCAAGGACGAUAUGCUCGGCCUCGGCUUCAAGCAAGCCAGGGAUGACAGGGUCACGGGCAUGGACGUCUUCGGCGACCUGCUGAGCCGUCUGAACGGCAAGUCGACCGAGGCUAUCAACAAGGACCGCCAGACCCGCGCGGCCCUGCAGACCACGCUGUACUGCGACAACAAGUUCGGCCCUAUGCGGUUCGUUAGCGGCGGCUUGCUUGUGGGCGAGGAGAUCAAGAAGGAGUCCGAGGAAGAGCCGAAAAAGGAAGAGGAUAAGGACGACGUCAAGAUGGAGGAUAUCCCCGCUGCGGAAGCGUCCGGCAAGAAGUCGAAGAAGCGCAAGGCCGAGGAAUCCAGCGACGAUUCAUCAGAAUCAUCCGAGGACGAGAAGGCUCGGAAGAAGCGCAGGAAAGAGGAAAAGAAGGACAAGAAGCGCAAGUCAAAGGCCGCGAAGGAGGACGCAUCCGACGAUACCCAAGAGAAUACGGACAAGAAGGCGAAGAAGGACAAGAAGAAGGACAAGAAAAAGGCCGACAAGGACAGUGACGCAGACAGCUCCGACGACAAGGCGUCCAAGAAGAAGCGCAGGAAGGAGAAGUCUGAGUCUGAAGAAACCGAUGCCGACAAGGCUGCGAGAAAGGAAGAGAAGAGGCGGCGCAAGGAGGAGAAGCGUGCCAAGAAGGAGGCGGCUCGGGAGUCCUCGUCGACACCGGCGACAUCAACGCCAGCAAGCGGUACUUCGACACCGGUGCUGAGAGGUCAUCACGCAGUGAGGUCACGGUGGAUCGCGCAGAAGAGAAUGGCGACUAUGGACGACAAGGCGCUAAACCAGAUUUUCAUGAUCAAGUCACAAUCAUGA